AUGGCUUCCUGUAUCGUUACGCUCAAGCAUACCCGUCCUGGUUCGUGCAUCUGCUCGCCUUCUUCUUCCUCUGCCUUUGUUCGACCCAUUUGCCCUCGACAUGGUGACCGCGAUUUCAUGAGCAAGACUCUCCAAACUCCUCAGGUCUUUCAGGGUUCGAGAGGUUCGAGGAGCUCGAACAUCGAUUCAGCCCGACGUGACCAGAUAAUGAAGAGAACCCUCAGAGCACCAGCAACUUCUGCCACCAACACCGAACCCGAUCUCGACCGCGUUCCUCUACGUGAACACGACCUUUUCGAUAGCUGGAUGAAUCAAUCGUAUGACAAGCUCAUGAUGGACCUCCCGGGAGUGAACAACACCAUUUGGCGUGCUCUGCGCGCCCGAUCGAACGUCGUCUCUGACCCCGAAUUCGGUGAGUCCGAAACCAAGGAGCACCCAGCUCUGACGAGCAUCAAUUUCCUCGACUCGAGUCUCGAAUUCCGCCAGAUCGUUUAUCGUUACCUCCUCGUCCCAGAGCCGGUCGGAAUCGUCUUCUCCUCGCAAAAAAUCGAAAAAGGCAAGACUGCACCUCCGCGAAUCGAUACCUCAAUCCUUUUGCUCAGCAGUCAGGUUUACAAGGAGGCCACCAAGAUUUUGUAUGGCGAAAACACUUUUAUUGCAGCAGAACCAGGCGAUCUGUUCUACCCAACUGGUAUUGACAGCCUCCGACGAAGAACCACGAGAUUGAUUCGCCAUCUGUCAUUUGUGAAGUCCGGCACUGCUGAAGAGCUAUGCAAAGAGACCGUUCAGAAUGUGUACGAGCCAAUUCGCAGUAUGAUAUGCAACAAUCCGGCCUUCCUCAGCAGCCUCGAGAAGAUCACCAUUCGCCGCGAAGUCCUCCGACCUGACUGGGUCCGCACCUUAGACGAUCACCCUGGCAGCGAUAAUGACAAGAGGGCUUCAAACGUCGGAUGUUAUCAGAAGAAAGAUAUGGUGAUGACGGUUGCAGCGAAGUUGGCUUUCUGUGCAGCAAAGAGGAGUGCAGAUUUCGAGGGUCUCUGGAUUAUUGACGACGACGAGCGCGCGGUCGACAAGUCAGAUGCUCAUGUCCACUUCAACAGCGUAAUUGAGGUGUGUCUGACCAGAAGUGGUGCUAUGGCAUGGGGGAAUGAUGAGGAGGAAGACAUGGGUGAGGCGGGAGAGAAAUGA